GGAGACGGCCCAAGGCCCAAACAAAUUACUCCUUCGCCAGCCCGAAGCUGAAAGCCCGCUUUCGAAUUCUGACCAUACGGUAGUUGCCACUGCAGUUCGUACAUUCACCCAGAAUAAAAAAAUAAAAUAAAUCAUAGUGUACAAAAAACCAGGAGCGAAAACGAAAUCUCCACCCAAAAAUCCAAGCUUGUGAUGUCGCAAGCUCGAGUGUACACUGACGUCAACGUUCAUCGGCCUCGGGAGUACUGGGAUUACGAGUCUCUCACCGUUCAAUGGGGAGAUCAAGAUGAUUAUGAAGUUGUUCGAAAAGUAGGAAGGGGAAAAUACAGUGAGGUCUUCGAAGGUAUAAAUGUCGCAAAUAAUGAAAAGUGCAUCAUCAAAAUUCUCAAACCAGUCAAGAAGAAGAAGAUAAAGAGGGAGAUUAAGAUACUUCAAAAUCUUUGUGGAGGUCCAAAUAUUGUGAAGCUGCUAGAUAUAGUUAGAGAUCAGCAUUCAAAGACGCCUAGCUUGGUGUUUGAAUACGUGAACAGCACCGACUUUAAAGUCUUGUACCCAACAUUAACUGAUUAUGAUAUACGCUACUACAUUUACGAGCUUCUGAAGGCACUCGAUUAUUGCCAUUCACAAGGGAUAAUGCAUAGAGACGUGAAACCUCAUAAUGUGAUGAUUGAUCAUGAGUUGCGGAAACUUCGGCUGAUUGAUUGGGGGCUUGCUGAAUUCUAUCACCCUGGCAAAGAAUACAAUGUCAGAGUGGCUUCAAGAUACUUUAAGGGGCCUGAACUACUUGUGGACUUGCAAGACUAUGACUACUCUCUAGAUAUGUGGAGUCUUGGAUGUAUGUUUGCUGGGAUGAUUUUUCGUAAAGAACCUUUCUUUUAUGGACAUGAUAAUCAAGAUCAGCUUGUCAAAAUUGCCAAGGUCCUUGGUACAGAUGAGCUGAAUGCAUAUUUGAACCAGUACCAUCUUGAGCUGGAUCCUCAACUUGAUGCUCUUGUUGGAAGGCACAGUAGGAAACCCUGGUCGAGGUUUGUUAAUUCAGACAAUCAACAUCUCAUCUCACCAGAGGCUAUUGAUUUUCUGGAUAAGCUUCUCCGCUAUGAUCAUCAAGACAGACUUACAGCCAAAGAAGCCAUGGCUCAUCCAUACUUCAACCAAGUGCGGGCUGCUGAAACUAGCAGGACGCGGAUGCAGUUGCAGUAGGUUGAAUUAUCACAUCCUCCGAUGUCAUAUCAUGUACGGCAACGAAGGGAAGUAUUUGCCGGCUAUCGGUUUUCAAUGGGACAGGUGGUGUGUUUCACGCCUUCAUUCCUAAAUUCUUCCUACAUUGCCAAAAGAUUGUACAACACACACCUCUACUUAAUUGUAACACCCACUAUAUUUAAGUUUGGGACUGUGUGGAACUUGAUGAGACUGAAGUAGUGUUUAGUAGACUAUAAAAUGAUUGCAUGUUUGAUUA